GUCAAAAUUUAUUUGAGUUGGUCGGUUGAAUAUAUAUUUUCAUUUGAAAAGAAUCAAUUUAAUUUAUAAAAUUUUAAGAUUCAAGUGUUAAUAACUGUUAGAAAUAUAAAUUAUUUAAGAUGUAUUUAUCAUCCGUUAGUUCACGUUUGUUACUUCACGACACGAGCAGUUGGGACUUAAAAAUAAGUAACGGGUGUUACGAUGGUAUUAUGCGAGAUCUAACUUGGAGCGACGACAGUAAAUACAUUUUACAGGUUAAUUCAGUAGGAUUGGUUGAAAUUUUAAGUCCAACAGAUCGUGAUGUCCGAAGCUUACAGCACAUUCCAUUAAAAGACACCUGGUCAGCAAGCUUCCAUAGAGAUGGCCACCGUAACAUUGCAGUUGGCACAAAAAGUGGCAAUGUAAAAAUAUGGGACACAAAAAAUAAGACAAUUACUAAAACAUUUCCAACACCAUCUCAUCCAUCGUGUGUACAAAUCCUAAGUUAUAAUGCCAAAAACACCAGUCUUGCUGCAACAAUGGCGAAUGGAGAAACAGUUAUUUACGGUCUUGUGUCCAACAUCCCAGUUUUAACUGUUAAACUGACAUGCUCCAAAAGUAUUUCUGCUAUGAAGUUCCAUCACGAAUCGCGAUCGUUAAUAGGAUUAGCUACUGAUGAAGGUCACGUCAUACUCAGAGACAUAACCACUAAUAAAGACAAAGCCUUCUUUGAAAAUAUUCAUGCUUCACCCGUCAGCGACUUUGCCUUUUCACUUAUAAACAAAGAUGUAAUGCUGUCAAGUGGAUUCGACAAAAUUAUACAAGUUUAUGAUAUAAGACUGCAAAACAUUGUCUCAACAGUGAAAACUUCACAUACUUUAACAUCAAUAGCUGUGAACACAGAUAAUCUAGUUGCACUGGGAAGUAAAAACGCAGAUGUCCUUGUAUAUGAUCUUAGAAAUUUAAGCGGGCCCUUAAAAAUUCUAAAGGGACACAACCAACAAGUCAGUAAAGUAGCUUUUCAGCCUGCAAGGAAGAAGAUGAUAACCGAUAUAAGCCUCAAAGAAGAAGUAGAAACAGUAUCUGUUCCAAAAAUUAAAACACCUACUGCAGGGAGGUCAUCUGACAUAUUUUUCAUGAAUGACACUCCACCAAGCCAUAAUGUAAAUUUCUCCACUCCUGGCACUGAUAACAAAGCUGAUCUGAGCUCGUUUCUUGUAACAGUUGGCUUAGUAGAUGAAUCUAAUAAUUUUGAUAAUGACCUAGACUUCAAUUUUGAAAGAAACAGCGAGAAGCAUGAACUGAGAGGCAAUACAGAAAGAAACAUGAGUAAAGUUUCAACACCAGUAAAUAAUAGUGCGGGUGAAAAUUUUGUCCUUCCAUCACCUUUGUUUAUUCCAAAUUGUACCCAAGAGGAUAACAAAUUUCUGAAUGGUAAUUUAACAAAUGGAAAGUCAUCAAGUGAUGUCAAAAAAGCAAAUAAUAAUAUAGACUCAAAAGUGGUUGAUGAAUUGAAAGAUUUCAUCUCAGAUGUUGCUGAUGAUAACAGAAACUAUUUCCUUCAUAUCAUGAUGGCAUUGACUAAACAAAAAUUAUAUUUAGAGAAACAGCUAAACAGGUUAAAUCAGCAAGUUCACAACUUGGAGCAAAACCAGAAUUCAUUAGUUGAAGCAAAUAGAAUGCUUACUCUUCAAGUUGAACAAUUGAAAAUGCAACAAAAUAAUGUUUACUAUAAAUAAAAUCUCAAAAAAAUUAAAUGCAUUACAAACAAGUUUAUUAGCCUAAGCUUUAAAAUGAUAAAGAAAAAUUGUCUAUAAAUGUUGUAAUGUAGUAAAUUUUUUGCGGCUAACAGUUAUUGAUUUCUGCCGUAUUCUUUUUAUUUUGGCGCCUAUUUAUUAAACCUAAUUUUAAGGCAGUGAUGAGUAAUAAUAAUCUAAUUUGUGCCAUUUAAAAAUAGUUUUAAGUACAUUGUAAACAAACUGUUAAUGUCUAGUAAGAAAAAUAAUAUGUAAUUUUGUUAUGAUGUUUUGGUCAUCUGGUUGUUACUUUGCCUUCUAUGUUAUUAAUAAAUAAAAUAAUACAAUUUG